AGAGAAUACAUGAAACGAAACGUAAACGCCACUAACGUCAAAAAUAUUCGCAGUCUGUGGCUUGGGGCGAAUGAUUUGUUUUUGCUUUUUAUAGUUUUUAUUGUAUUUGUUAUUAAAUCAUUAUGACGGAUAAUAAUUCAGAUUCGUCCACUUCUGAAUCAGAAGUGAGUGCAUGUAGUUCUAGUUUUAAUCCUAUAAAAGCUCUUUACUCAACCAAGGCCAAGGUUCCAGUAGAAUCGGCGCCUUUGUAUGAAAACAUUAGUCAAUUUGAAUCUGCUUUGAAGAAAUCCAAUGAAGUCCUUCCGGUAGGACAAAGUGAAUUAGUGAAGAAAAGAGAAGAAGCAAAAGAAAAAAAGCGAAUUGAGGAAGAAAACAAAUUAAAUGAAAAGAAUAAACAAAGAUUUGCACAAUAUGGAGGUAUGGUACAAACAAGGAGAGAAAUUAGAACAAGAAAUGUUCUCACACGUAUGGACGCUAUGGAGGGACCCUUAGGCGUUUUAAAAGACUGCGUUGACAAGCGAUUGAGAUUAAAGAUAAUUACUCGUCACGGGACCGGUGUGAGAGGCGUGUUGCAUGCUACCCUGGUGGCCUUCGACAAGCAGUGGAACAUGGCGCUUAGUGAUGUUUUAGAAGUUUGGAAACGAAAGGGGCCUCGGAAAAGAAAAGUGCCACCAGGACUAGGCAGACCGGUCCCUAAAGGUACAGCAGCAUCUAUUUCAUCAGUCCCAGAGGUGACCGAAACACCUCUCGGGAAGGGUAUAUGGGAGUGCUCGCGAUACAUUCCACAAAUGAUGGUGCGCGGAGAACACAUAGUUCUAGUCAAUGUCGUGGAGCGAUGAUCUUCUUAUGUUUAUGUGAUCCUAGUACUCAGUACAGCGGUUCGGCGCUUUAAUCGCCCACCAACUUUUUGUUAUUGUAUCUGAUUGAUUUUCUUUAAAUAAAUUAAGAUUUUCAUCAGUCUUUUAUCAUUUUCAUAAUGUGAUAUUGUGAAUACGAUUGACAAUCGACGAAGUGUUAAAGGAAUCGUAGCGUUAUUUAUUUGACUACAUACAUAUUAUUAUUGUGUGUUGUAUAAGCCUUCACAGUAUAUACUUGAGUUCACUUUUUAUUUCAAACAAUUUAUAUAAAAGUAAACAACGUUAUUUUUUGACUUAAAAAAAGUUUGUAUACUUUUUCAACAACAAUAAAUGUUCACACUGGUAUUCUCAUGCGUUUCCAAUGUCCCAGUAUUGUCAGCUUAAAAAAUAAAAUAAAAUCCACACAAUGCAUGUUUUGAGGAACGUUAUUCGAUUUUUAAAUGAUAUUUCAUGAGAAAGAGCCGCCAUUGAAAUAACGAACAUUGCACGUAAUUAGUUACUAUUUUUAAAUUUCCUUCUCAUUUGUAAUUCCAGCUAAAUAAACCUACAUACAAAAGAA